GGUGUAAAUGUCUCACUUUGUGUUUACAUCUCUUCAUCAUGUGUCUGUUUUAUUCCGGCUUUUUUGAAAUCUAUUUUGUUUUCCUUUCAGUCUUGAGCUCUUCAAUCAUGUCUCACAUUUAAUUGUAUUUCUACUCAGUUUCUUAAUUACAUCAAACUAAUUGUGACCUUUUCCUUUGUGUCUACGAUUACUUUUCAUUGACUCUCUUUGUUUCUUCAGCUGUUCUUUGUGUUGCAUCUUUAGGUUGUCUUCACUUUCAGGCUCAGUGUUUUCGUUUGGUUCAUCUUGGUUUUUGUUGUUUUUCAUCGUCCAAUUUCAAUUGUCAUUUUUAAAUUUGUUUAAUUUACUACAUUUUAAGGUAUGGGUGACACGAAGAUCAACAAUUUAAGACCUCAUGUGCUUCAGAAAAUUGAAAAAGCGCUGAGUGAUAUUUCUUAUAGAAAUGCGAUUGAAAAUUCAGCUAAAUAUAAUAAUCGAUUGGUUGUUGAUCGGAAAACACGUUUACCUUUUAUUGAUUCUCAAACUGGUGUAGCUCAACGAGAUUGUUACCUUUGGAUGCAGAGAUGGCAACGGAUGCCUGGAACAACCUAUGGACAAUUGUACACGUACCCAGCCCAUAAAUGGAAGAAAAGAAGACGAGGUUAUCUAUUCCGUGAGAAUUACUAUUCAAGGAGUCAAGCGAUUAAUGAGAACUCGGGUGACAUUCAAGAGAUAAGCAAAGGAAAUGGUUCCGAAAUGAUAUCAAUGAAAAAUGAUUUGACAACAACAACGAGUACAACCGGAACAUCAAUGGCCGGAGGAGCGACUGGAGGAGUGACAGGAGGAGGAACAACAACAUCAACAUCGGAAUUGAAUCAAAAUAGUUCAGAUAAAUUUGUUGAAAACUCGAAAGAUGCUUGGAUGUAUGCUGAAUAUGAGGAUAGUAUUGAUUUGAUGGAAGAAGAUUUUGAUGAUCCAGUUUCAGAUGGAGAUGAUUAUGAUGAAUACUCAACAAAACGGAAGAAAAGAAGAUCACGGCGGAAAAAAGGAGAAUCAGGAGAAAACGACAAACCUUAUGCUUGUGAUCUUUGUGAUGCUCGAUACAAAACACGACCUGGACUUACUUAUCACUUUACUCACAUUCAUCUAAAUGAAGGUGAAAAACGUUCUAAAAACUCAACACCAGUAGAUGAAGAUGACCACCGACCAUCAACUCGUCAUAGUAAACAAACAAACGGCUCAUCAAAUGGGAAAUCGCUCGCGCCUCCUAAUCCUUAUUGUGAUUUUUGCCUCGUUGACGAAAACGAGAAAAGUAAAGUUCAAGAAAAAAUGAUCUCAUGUUCUGAUUGCGGCCGUUCAGCUCAUCCAUCCUGUCUUCAAUUCACCCCACAAAUGAUCAUCUCUGUGGCUAAAUAUCGAUGGCAGUGCAUCGAGUGUAAAUCUUGUGGUUUCUGUGGAACCUCAGAUAAUGAUGAGCAACUUUUAUUCUGUGAUGAUUGUGAUCGAGGUUAUCAUAUGUACUGCUUAAAGCCGCCGAUAAAGGAGCCGCCAGAAGGAACUUGGAUCUGUGUUCUUUGUGUCAAAUAUUGUCAACAACCUAAAAACGAAUCUCAAAAUGCGAAUGAAAAACUCAGCGAAAAAGGGAAAAUGCGAGAAAAAGAAGACACCAGGGAAUCAGAUAAUUCGGGAAGGAACAAUUUCUCUGGUGAAGAUAAAACCAAUGAUCUGACUAAAGAAUCUCAAAUGGAUGAUGACGAAGAUGAUACUGAUGAUGAUAAAAGUGAUUCCAUUGAGGAAAAGCUUAAAGUCAUCUUCAAUCGAGCUUCUAAAAAGUAAACCUUCAUCUUCCCCCAUUCACCAAGUAUCGAUGCCAAUAAAUAAUCGCAAAUUUUUCAUCUUAUUCAUCAUUUACAUGGAUAAUUUAUGGAAAUAUCUUCAUGAGCUUCAAUUAUCUUCUUAAUUUUGCCAAUAACAGUUAUUGAUUAAUGGGAUAAUCUUUUUCUAAGAUUGUAACUCGAAUCAAUGAAUCAACUGUUGUGAUAUUCAAGGAAAAACAAUGUAACCUAAUUAAUGUCACUUUCUCUCUUUUAUUUUUUUGUAAUCUCUCCUUUCUUAUAUAAUUCAGUAGAUUAAUUUUUCAAUCACGUUUCCCAAUCAAUUGUUAAUCGAUUAAAGUAAUCGUGAUUUAAA